UAAAUUGAAUUUUAGUCCCCGAUAUCCCGAUAUGCGAGGACUACUUUUCAUCGCGGAGUGUCACGUUCCUUCCUAUCCCCUCACGGCUUAAUUGAAAUAACGAUGUGCGGAGGGAUAGAUGCAGGUGUUCCACGGUCAUAAUUAAACGAAAACAAGCUCCGCCCAUGUGGAAAGUGUAAACGGCGCUCAUGAGUUAAAUGUACACCUGAAAUCCGACGCAUUGGCUAUUUAAAGCUGUAACCUGUUACCAAAGAUGAACAGCAGUGGACAAGCAUAUCCCCUCGCUUCUCUGUAUGUGGGGGACCUGCAUCCUGAUGUUACAGAGGCCAUGCUCUACCAGAAAUUUUCUCCUGCUGGACCCAUCAUGUCAAUCCGUGUGUGCCGCGACAUCAUCACACGCAGAUCUCUGGGAUAUGCCUACAUUAACUUCCAGCAACCAGCUGAUGCGGAGUGCGCCCUGGAUACAAUGAACUACGACGUUAUCAAGGGGCGGCCUAUCCGAAUAAUGUGGUCUCAGCGUGACCCGGGACUCAGGAAGUCUGGUGUGGGAAACAUCUUCAUCAAGAACAUGGAUGAAUCUAUUGACAACAAGGCACUGUAUGACACCUUCUCAGCCUUUGGCAAUAUCUUGUCCUGCAAGGUUGUUUGUGAUGAGAGAGGAUCCAAAGGCUAUGGCUUUGUUCACUUUGAGACUCAUGAGGCUGCAAACCGGGCCAUUGACACCAUGAACGGGAUGCUGCUGAAUGAUAGGAAAGUUGGAGGGACAGGUAAUCAGUUGGAACCUGGCUUUGUCAACCCAAAGGCCCAUUUCCUGGGGGGAAAAUGUCAGUUGUCCCUUAUUAGUUUUGUUGGCCACUUUAAAUCCCGCAAGGAAAGAGAGGUGGAGUUUGGCACCAAAGCUAUGAAGUUUACCAAUGUCUACAUCAAAAACUUUGGUGAAGACUACACUGAUGAGAAACUCAAGGAAGUCUUUUCUGUAUUUGGGAGGACUCUCAGUGUGCGAGUGAUGAAGGACGAGAGGGGUCGUUCACGAGGAUUUGGCUUUGUAAACUAUGCUAACCACGAGGAUGCUCAGAAGGCAGUUGAUGAAAUGAAUGGAAAGGAUAUCAAUGGGAAAAUCAUCUAUGUAGGCCGGGCUCAGAAGCGUCUGGAGCGCCAGGGAGAGCUCAAGCGCAAGUUUGACCAGAUCAAACAGGACCGCAUCCAACGCUAUCAG